AUGAAGCUCCUGCUGCUAACUCUGCUCCCAACUUUGGCGCUGGCCACCUUCAGCUCCGGUAUUGGCCCAGUAAGUUCCCAUGGAAACUUUUUCAAAAGCAUUCUUUCAUCGUCGUUCGAUGCUCGCGACUAUUGGCCCGAGUGCGAGCAAUUCAUCGGCAAAGUGUUCGAUCAAGGAUGCUGCGCGUUGAGCUACGCCAUUGCACCAACUUCGGUGAUGAGCGAUAGGACCUGCAUCAAUACGGAAACAAUGCGGGAGUACAGUGCAAAUUAUGUGGCCGGAUGCUGUGAGACUUGUGCUGAAAGUGUAGAAGGAAGCAGUUGCCGCGAAGUUGGUGACGGCGAUGCGUGGCAAGUUUGGAGAUACUGGAUCAGGCACGGCAUUACGAGUGAACAGUGUGGUGCUGCUGGAGAACGAGAUGGAUGCUAUAAUCCUAAAUGUUUGGGUGAGUGUCAACAGGACGAUGUUAAACUAGCUUUUGAUUUGGUACAAGGAGAGUAUGUUUAUUCGGUAGGAUCUUCGGUUAGGGAUAUUCAGGCUGAAAUUUUGACCUUUGGUCCUGUUCAAAGCACAAUUGGAUUUCACGAUGAUUUUACCAAAUAUGAAGGUGGAGUCUAUAACAGUGUUGGCAAUGGAAGUUUGUUGGGAGAGCAUCAUGUAAAAAUUAUUGGGUGGGGACAGGAAGAUAAAGAGGACUACUGGCUGGGUGUCAAUAGUUUUGGCAAAGAAUGGGGAAUAGAAGGAUUAUUCAAGAUCCUACGAGGUGUGGAUUUCCUAGGCAUAGAGUCUAACGUUGUGGCCGGACUACCAUUUGAAAAUUAUGAUUGA